AGGGUGAGAUCUAAAACCUGCUAGACACCGGCCCUUAAGGCCUGGAGUUGGAGUCAAAAACAGUUAACUGACUUUAGUUACUCAAAUUAGCAGAAGUGAGGCCUCACCUACCAUUAUGAAGGGAAAAAACUGUCUGUAAAGAAAUGUAUCUUAUCUUGUACCAGGCUGUAGGGAGCAAAGAAGUAAUUCUGCUUUUCUUUUCUUUCUUUCUUUUUUUUUACUUUAAUUUUUUAGCCCCAGGGAAUCACCACAUGGCCAUCACCGGGCAGCGUCUCCCUUUUGUGCAUAAGUUUCAGGCAUGUUGCUCUGGUAUCGAUCAGCAGUCAGAAUCAUGACAAAAAAAAAAAAACCGUGCAGCAAAAUCACUGCACAUUUAUUGGAACUCCUCAAACCCUCUAGAAACCUCCCUGGGCACUAAGCACCUCCCUGUGUCCUGCACAUCCACCCCUCAGUCCUUACUCCACCCCACUCCAACCCCUCCUUUCUGUCGGUGUUAUUCCACCGGUCCAGCGGUGCGCUCAAAAAGCCAGAGCGCAGACAGAGCGCAGUAGAUGCUCCAGAGCAGAAACAGCAGCGAGAAUAACAAACGACAGAGACACACCGGAGGAAACCCUUUGGAGUUGCGCGCGGAGACAGUAAGAGGAAGGUGCAGACUCAACACUAGCAUCACAUCAGCGGUAAAAGUAGAACAGCAGAGGGAAAACGGAGCGCCAGUUCGUCCCCCCUCUUCAGCACCGCAGGGAGGAGACACGCAGAAGAGGAAAGAUUCCCCCAAACGCAGUGAGAGCCUCGGACGAGGAGAAGAGGAGAGCGGAGGGCAUCGGAUAGGCAACAAGGAUGGCAGCUCCAGACUUAUUGGACCCUAAAUCCGCCACUCACAACACUAAGCCCCGCCUCUCCUUCUCCACAAAGCCAAUGACACUGACGCCUCCGGAGGAGAGCGAGGUGGUUGCCACAGUGAUGAAGUGGAAGACGGUGACAGCCAUCUUUCUUUUGGUGGUUCUGUACCUGGUGAUGGGAGCAGCAGUCUUCAGAUCCCUGGAGCAGCCCCAUGAGAGUGAACAGCGUUUGGCCAUCCUGUCCCAGAAGCUGCAGUUCCUUUCCAGACACUCCUGUGUCAACCAGAGCCAGCUGGAGGAGCUGGUUAAGCAAGUUGUGUCCGCCAUCCGUUCAGGAGUAAAUCCUGCAGGAACAAUGACCAACAACAGCAGCCUGUGGGACCUGAGCUCUGCCUUCUUCUUUGCUGGGACUGUCAUCACAACCAUUGGUUUUGGGAACAUCUCUCCCCACACUGAAGGCGGGAAAAUAUUCUGCAUUGUCUAUGCUUUGUUAGGGAUACCGCUGUUUGGCUUCCUUUUGGCCGGUGUAGGAGACCAGCUCGGCACCAUAUUUGGCAAGGGCAUUGACAAAGUGGAGAAGAUGUUCGUGCAUGGGGAGAUCAGUCAGACAAAGAUCUGGGUCAUAUCCACGCUGCUGUUCGUGCUGUUUGGCUGCCUGCUGUUUGUGGCUCUCCCGGCAGCCAUCUUUAAACACAUCGAGGGCUGGUCUGCGCUGGAGUCCCUGUACUUUGUCGUCAUCACCUUGACUACUAUUGGUUUUGGGGACUUUGUGGCAGGUGGGUCAGAUAUUGAGUACAUGGACUACUAUAAACCAGUCGUGUGGUUCUGGAUUCUGGUUGGGCUGGCCUACUUUGCUGCUAUCCUCAGUAUGAUUGGAGACUGGCUAAAAGUCAUCUCCAAGAGGACAAAAGAAGAGGUUGGAGAGAUCCGGGCGCAUGCUGCAGAGUGGACGGCAAAUGUCUCCGCAGAGUUCAAAGAAACCCGCCGUCGUGUUAGCAUUGAGAUCCACGACAAGUUCCAGCGUGCCGCGUCAAUCAAACGCAAGUUGUCUUCAGAGCUGGGAUUUAGCCCGGCUCCCGAGGUCACCCUGCCCAAGCGGGCUGUGUCUGUCAAUUUCAACAACGAACGGGACAAAAACGAGAAGGAGGCCGGACUGCAUGGAUUGACACCUUCGGUCAUAAAUGGCACUUUGGUCAUGAACGGACCGGACCUGGAGAGAGGCGAGAUCUCAAUUAUUGAGCACCUCAAGUAGCAGAAGGACUGUCGGCACCUCUCAAGAUUCUUCCAAGGUCUUUCUGUUUGUCAUAACUGGUGGUACAAGGCAUUGCUUGAGAAUUCAGAAAUCAAAAUAUUGAAAGUGGUCCCAGCAGAAGACAUCUUCAGCAUGAAAGAGGAGUCAAAGCCUUGCUUGAUAACACUUGCACACAUUUUCCACUUUACCAUCCUCAACCCCAACAAUGAAAGAGCGUGAACAACAUACAGGAUUGUAGUUUUUGGUGUUUGUCAACUAAAUCUUACAGAAGUUACAUUUAAAGACAUACUGAAAAGCUAGGAAGUCUGCGUCUGUCUUCAUAACUGAAAAAACUAAACAUAUUUGUUUUUGAUUUGUUUUUUUCACUAUUGCUCCGUCAGUCUAGAGGCAGGCAGGCGUUAAUGAGAGACAGAGGAGUAUAAUAUCCAACAAAGGUCCCUGGCUCGUAAUAAACCCAGGACGUAGUUAGUCACUGUGCUGCUGUUAUGGUAAUGACAAUCACAGCCUGCUGUUAAUGAAGACCAUAAACACCAUUUAAGAGACGUAUAUUUAAAAAACAUACUGACAUUAGAAUUGUAAAAGUCAGUCUGGUGAGGAGGAUGUCUGUGGAUUGUAGUAGGGGCCUUCUGUAUUUAGAAGUAAACCCCUAUGGAAGCAUGUUUGUGUAAUUUUCUGCUUUAAAGACUGUUGUUGUCAACAGUGAAAUAUUUGCAGUUUUAAUUCUGCAAAAAAAUGACUUACAGCGUAUUUUUUAAUCGGAAGCUUUAGCUGACGAUUGUUACAUCUGUUUAAAGAGCAGCUCAGGCAGGCGUGACUGUGACUUUGAUUAUUCAACUAUUACAGUGGAGUCAUUACACUUUUACAAGCCACUGUAAUACCAAAAAGCAGUACUGUUACUUGAUCAGUGUUAUUGAUUCCACAUGAUGUUGUUAAAUGUAUUGUUUUGCAUGUUUAGUUCAUUCAGUUUAAUAAUUACCCACAAGCCAUUACUUUUUCCAUGAUUUUUCAGUUUAAAAAAAUCUCGAUAGCCAGUUAUUUGUGGUUCGGUCUUGACUUUUACUGCUAAUCUUUAUAUGAUGUUUUCAUGUUAAUAAUGCAUUUUAAUAGAGGGCAUGCUUUGCACUUAUGAAGCUCCUCUCAUUUUUAAGGAAAGGGCAGUGAUUCUACAGUAGAUGUAUUUUUUCACAACAAGUGGCUCUAUGAAGAUUUGUCAGACCACUGCAGUGCCUCAAACUCUUCACUUUGCUUACAAGACCAAGCACAACACAAAGUGAAGUGAAGAGGACUAUCGAUUUUGCACCAGUUGAGUGAGUUGCAUGGUGAUAUGUUAAAGACUGGAUGCUUUAUCUGCAGCAGUAAGCCAUUCCAAUCUGGUAAACUCCAUUUAAGGAACAUUGCUACAUAUGGAGUACAGAGCUCGGUCAUUCACCAUCAUAUUCAUCCAGUCUGUCUUCUAUAUCAGUAGAAUUUGUACCUGUGUUUGGAUGUGGAAAAUAUUCGUAUGUUAUGGUGUACUGUACCAGUUACUUGUUAAUGAUGCAAUGCCCACAUAGUUGUAACCAUAAAUAUAUAUACGCAUAGAGUAAGGUCCAAAAGUAUUUGGAGACAGCUUUUGUUAUUCUGCCUCUGUACAUCACCUCUGGAUUUUAAUUUCAACACUCAAGAUGUGAUUGAAGUGCAGACUUUUAGCUUUAAUUUAAGAGGUUUACAAAACUUUUACACCAACUCUUUAGAAACUACAGCCAUUUUUCUACGCAGUCUUUUUUAAUACUUGGAUGAAAUUCUUUGCAGUCAGUGAGUGCCUGAAGUGUAGAACUCAUGAACAUCUGUGUUUUUUUCCUGGAGAUGUUCUGCUGUGCCUUUACUGCAACUACCUUCAGUUGCUGAUUGUUUGUGGGUCUUUUGUGCAUUUCGUUUUGCAUUUACUUAUUAAAAGCUAAAAGUAUCUACUGCUGGGUUGAGAGCAGAGCAGUUGCAUUGUCAAUAAACACUAGUGAUCAGGUUCCAUUAGCAGACAUUCAUGCCCAUAACAUCACCUCCCCCAUGUCUGACAGAUGACGUGCUACGCUUCAGACCAUGAGCCAUUUCUCUCUUUCUCCAUACUUUUAUCUUCCUUCCUCUUCUCUUUUGUUUAGUUAAUCUAUUAAUCUAAGUCAGUUUUUUGGGGUUAGGGAGUCUAAUGUGACUUUCCUAUCCUUGCAAUCAGUGAUUUGCACUUUAAAAGCAUCUCUUGAUUGUACACUUUGAAAGUAAUAUCUACUUGAAAGUUGUUUUUCUUAAUCAAAGAAAUAAUUCUGUCAUCUUACAUGUUAGUUAUCUUUUGGUGUUGCUGAGAUGGCCAGUGCAUGCCUUCUGUACCAGAUUGUUGAUUCGGCCAGUCGUAAAUUUUUUGCGAUCUCUCCGAGAGGUAAAUUUUGACCUAACGAUGGCAACACUUGGAGUCAAAUCCAAAUCUUUUAUUUGCUGAAGAUGUAAUGAAAUAAUUAAGAAAAUUUCCUCACCUGGCCAUUAAAUACUUGUCAGUGGGUUAUCCCAUUAUUUUUGAACCUCUGAAAAUCUUCUAAAAUCUUUUGAAAUUCCUAAACAGUUAAUGCAUUUGUUAAACCCCUUGAAUUAAAGCUGAAAGUCAGUCAGAUACUGGUUAUUUGAUUUAAAAUCCGCUGUGGUGGUGUACCAAGAAAUGCAUAUGGACCUAACCGUAUGCGACACAGUUCCCCCAAAUACUGGAGAUUCUUUUGUUUCAAUCAGGUCUACUACAUCCUCAGAAGGCAAUGUAUUUUAUUUUAUUGUCAAACAACAUACAUUUGUUUUCUGAUAGCGUAUUGGGGUGACAAUCCAAAGCUACCAUAAUUCACAGUGAAUGCCUUUUUUAUACUGCUUGUGUCAAAACCUUUCUUGCAGACAACUGUUAGACUGCAAAAAGUGUUAAUCAUCUUUAUUUGUGUGCAAGACAUACAUUGUGUUUGCAAUUUUAAAGAUAUAAUUUAAUGUAGAUAUGUGUGAGCUCUUAAAUAGGAAAGUGGAAAUUGUUUUUGAGGCAUGAAAUAUCAAACCAUUUGUGUUUACACUGUACAGAUGUAAUGGAAGUGAAUUUGCCUUGUUGAGGACAAGAUGAAGGUUUUGGGGUGAAUGUGCACAGUGCUUUUUCCAUGUGUGUACACCUGCCAUUGAAAAUGCACUUUUAUGCAGCUGCCUUUGAACGUAACACUGUGCUGCAGGCUUGAGAGCAAACCUAUCCAUCCGGUCAGAAGGUGGUGACUGUUAUUGUGAAGUGGCACUAGUGACACCUGCAUGGUUUAACACACGAAUUUAUCACUCACAAAUAUAAGAACAUAUAACAUAUAAGAAGAGCAUGAAAGAACAAAACAUACAGAUAAACUUGGUUGAAAUAAUAAUCAGACAAAUAAGAUCGAACAAUUAAGUGAGUUUGAAUUGAGCUAAUAAUUGUAACAAGAAAAAGAUUAUAAGUGAGUCUGUAACCCAGCCUGCAAUUUCUGUAUUACCAAAGAUAAACUGUGACUGUUAGAUAAAAGUGUAAUGCCAGAAUAUAUUAGAUUAUAUCUGCUACAAUAAUCUAGCAAAAUACCAAUUAUUAGAUUUUUCUGGAGUCCUAAGCAGCUUGUAUUAAUAAAUAAUAUGGAUUGUCUUUAGAGAUUAUGUAAGGACUUUGGUUAUACACACACUGGACAUGCUAGUGGAACAGAUUAAGAAAAUGUUUAGAAUUUUCUAUAGAUGUGUUUUUGUUUCUGUACUAACCUAAAAUCUGUGUGGUUAGGUACUAACAGUGAACGGAAGUAGUAAUCUGAUGUUGCCUCAUCUGUUUGCUUUGUCUUUUUUUGUGUGUUAAAAUUAAACUAACCUUUACAUUGUUUUUAUUCAAUUCUAGAUAUAUUCAUCUUUUUAUGAUGAUGACUGUAUUUUUCUAAACUCUGGUGAAAUUACUCGACACUAAUGAGUCUGGAAGAACACAAUGUUAUAACAAGAAAAUGUCUGUAGAGCUAAUCUUGAAUGUGACAAAGAGUUUUGUAUGACAUACGAAGUGAAAAUAUACCGACUUUCAACAA